CGAACACUCUAUUACACCCCUUGCUUCCACUUCUCCUUCUUCUUCUUCUCAACUUACCAACACCAACGGCCCGUUUGCUGGUUCAACGGCCGCGACACUCUCUCGUUCCCUCCCCAACAUCACUUUCAACUAGCUGAACACCACACCGGCCAUCGACACGGGCCACUCUUUCGCUCUUUUAACCAACAAAUCCCCCCACCGCCCCUCUCCUCGGCGGACGCGAUAACGACUCGCCCAAAGAGACGAUACACAUCGUCCCCAUUGCCCCCAGUUGCAGCCUGCACAACGUCUGUUAUCCCAGACGUAACCUGCUUGCUCUUCGGGUGAUACCAAAUUUGCGGUUGUUCUCUUCGACCGUCUGAGAAGAGGGAAUAUAGAUAUCAGUGGUGUGCACACGCGUUUGCUUGUUCCGCAAGCGUCACCUUCUUUCGCCCGUCCGACUCUACGAGUUCGUCUUCGACCAUUCUCCGCGCCACCCAUUGCCGCUUGUUCGCUGGCGACAGGUGCCGAAAGUCGGCCUCCAUAUAGCACAUCCAGGUACUGGCAACCUCGCCUCGACGGCCCCCCAACCAACCGCAAAGAGCUUCGAGCAGGUCUCGAAUCACCCCACCCCCAGAUCAAUAACACCCCCAACUCCUCAAGCUGACAACAAUCAACAUGUCCGCUUAUCUCACCUACUCGUCUCCCGACCCGACCCCAUUACGCACUGUAGCUCACUCAGUCGCUGAGGCGGCACUUCAGUCGGGACCAAACUCGCCUUCUAUCAACAUGUCCAUGUCGGAACUCAUGGAUGCCGCGCCUCUCCUCGAUGACGCGUGGGUCGAGACAGCCGACAUUGGUACAUGGCCUCGUCUGAAGACGAAGCGCUCCGAGAGCUUUGCAGACCGCGGCCAGCCGUUGUGGGAGGCCGUCGUUUCUGCUCAAGAGCGCCGUGAGCGUGAGUUUGGCUCCCCGAUUCUUGCAGCGCCCGCCCCUAGGACACCACGAACGCCUGGACGUGCCCCACCACCUCGCGCAUGGACGCUGGCUCACACGCCCAUGCACGCGAGGCUCACGGCUGCGAUCAACACGGACGGCAGGUCGACCUACGACCAAGAAGUCACCCUUACGACUCGCUCGGCUGAGCAGUCUCCUGUCGACUCUGCCUUCGCGGUCAUGAGCCCCCUCGCGGAGGCUCUCCCCCGUCUCUCGGCCCAGGACUUUGCUAUCCAGGCGCAGGAGAAGGCUGCGAUCGCCGCACACGCGCGUACCCGCUCCGACUUUAACAGGUCGCCAUCCAGUGUUCUUCGUUCUCAGCAGCAGCCCAGAUUCCGUCCCCGCCUCCCAAGCCUCGCCCAGAUCCAGGCCAAGAUGCACGGCUCCGCUUCGUCACCAGUGUAUACCAACCACCGUGCUCAGUUCCGCAGCGACUCGGUCGACUCUGUCGACUCUGAGGGCCCGCAGACUCCUACGGAAGAAUUCUCCUCGUUUGACAUCAAGGCCUACCUUGGAUCAAACAACCGCCCCAUGACUCCUGACAGCCCCUCGCUCGAGUCUCGCCUCGCUCCCUUCCUUCGUGAGCGCACCAACGGUCGCCUCUCGCGACCAAGGUCCUACGGUGGAAGCGACGACUCGUACGCCGACGAUGUUGAAGACUUCUCGCGCACGCCCCUUGGUCCAUCUCGUGUUCAGAACCAGGCCACCAUUCGGGCAAAGCAGACGACUCCUCAUACCCCAACAAGAGCUCUUUGGGCUCGCGACCAGGUUACGUUUGUGGUCACGCCACCAAAGUCUACCAACUAUGUCGACCCUCCUACCUCACCAACCGAGUCCGUUCAGUCUACGGUCUCUUCGACUCCUUCUCUCCCGAUCAUCACCUGCACUCCCGCAGAUGAGCCCGACUCGGACGAGGAGUCUGAAGGCGACGUGAUUGUGUUCAACGGCGAGGUCGAGCUCGACUCUGACGAGGAGGACGAGGUUGAGCGUAGGGAACGCGAGAAGCGGGGCAUGGAGAUGCGGUCCCGUUUGCUUCGUCGGUCAUCAGAGGGGAUGUAAUCCCCUUUGGUAGAGUUUUUCGGCCGAUGAUGCGAUCGGAGGAGCCAAGUUUCCUAAUCCUCCGUCCCUGUCCCCGUAGCUGUGUCUAUUAUAUCUCUCGAACAUUGAUUAUCCCACCACCGUCCCAUCCCCCGCCAUCCAGUGGCCCCAUUCGCCUCGCCUCCCCUCAUACCGCCUGGCUUUGACUCUCUACGAGGC